AUGGCGCCGGGAAUACUAGCAGCCUCCGAGGCACAGACAUCACCGUCGUCGCCGCGGGGCGUUGUGCCAAAACAUGUCUUUCCAGAGAACAGCGACAGCGCCGAAUACGCCAGAAGUCUCGACGCAUCGGACCCGUUGAGAUCGUUCCGCUCCAAAUUUCAUAUCCCAUCGAAAGUGGCUCUCAAGGCAACGUCGUUGUCUCAGCAGACUGAUGACCACGGCAAUGCAGCAGCAACAGCAGCAGCAGAGCAACAGCAACGAGAAGAAGGCAUCUACUUCUGCGGAAACUCACUGGGCCUCCAACCGCGCGCUACAUCACGCUACCUCCAAGCACAGCUGGAGACUUGGUCGAGUAUCAACGUGUAUGGCCACUUCCGGGAGAUGGACAACUCGCCGCUGCCGGCGCCCUGGCAGUCGCUGGCUGAGGCCGCGGCGGAGCAGUCCAGUCGCAUUGUCGGUGCGCUGAAGGAGGAAGUCGCCAUUGCGAACACGCUGAGUGUAAAUCUGCAUCUGUUGAUGGCGAGUUUCUAUCGGCCGACGCCCAAGAGGAACAAGAUUCUGUUGGAGUGGAAGGCUUUCCCCAGUGAUCAUUACGCAAUCGAAUCACAAAUCUCGUGGCACGGCUACUCGCCCAGCGAAGCGAUGAUCCUGGUCUCUCCGGACUCGGACCAUACGAUCUCAACGGAGAAAAUCCUGGCGACGAUCGACGCCCACGCCCACGAAAUCGCCCUGGUCCUGCUGCCCGGCGUGCAGUACUACAGCGGGCAGUUCCUAGACAUCGGCCGGAUCACCGAGCACGCGCACUCGAAGGGCCUGACCAUCGGCUGGGACCUGGCUCACGCGGCGGGCAACGUGCCCCUGAAGCUGCACGACUGGAAUGUCGAUUUCGCCGCCUGGUGCACGUACAAGUACAUGAACGCCGGGCCGGGCGCGAUCGCGGGCCUGUUCGUGCACGAGAGGCACGGCAAGGUCGAGUAUCCGGAUGGGCCAGAUGCGAAGCCGGUCUUCAGGCAUCGCUUGACGGGUUGGUAUGGUGGGGACAAGGCGUCGAGGUUCCAGAUGGAUAACAAUUUCAGACCCAUCCCCGGCGCUGGCGGCUUCCAGAUCUCCAACCCAUCAGCCAUCGACCUCGCCUCGCUGUGCGCCUCACUCUCGGUCUUCAACGAGACUUCAAUCGAACAGCUCCGCGAGAAGUCGCUCAAGCUGACGGCAUAUCUCCAAUAUCUGCUCUUGAAGGACGACAGCACACCACCGUCAGACGACGCAGAGCGUCCAUUCCGGAUCAUCACGCCCCUAGACCCUGCCAGACGUGGCGCACAGCUGAGUGUGCUUCUUCAGCCGGGUCGCUUGGAGAAAGUCAGCGACGCUCUUCAGGCUGCAGGUAUCGUCGCGGAUCAGAGAAAGCCAGAUGUCAUCCGUGUGGCGCCGGUGCCCUUGUAUAAUACUUUUUAUGAUGUUUGGCAGUUUGUUCAGGUUUUGAAGAAGGCGGUAAAUGCAUAG